GGAGGAAUGGGUUAUUAGUCUUUUGCAAAUUAGUAUUCCCAACUCUGAAGAAAGGAUAUGGAUAUAUGGUUAUGACAGCCGAUGACAAGAUGCGGCUUGAAAAUUGGUCAUGAUUUCCAAUCAAAAUCAACCACAGGAUGACGUCAAAGGAUAAACAGUUACCAUUUCAUUGAUGGUUUUUCAAGUUUUUAGAUGUGGACUAUAAAUGCUCAUUCAACUUCUUGGAGUGGGCUUAGCUUGAUAAACCUUGCAAGUCAAAAAAAAAAAAGAAAAAGAAAAAAGAAGAGAUAAAACCAGGCAGACACGCAGAAACCAGGCUCUGCAAAACCGCUGUUAGAAGAUAGUGGGAGUUCUGGCAAUCGUAAUCGUUAUCGUACAAAACCAGGCAGAAAGAGAGUCAAGUGCUUCGCUUUAACGUACACUUGCACAAGACUUGGGAAAAACAAAACUGAUCACUCUGCAGCAGCAAGGUAAAACUGAAGAAGAGGACCCCCCCCCGCCUCCCGCCUCCCCUGAAAGAAGUGAGAGUUUUGCUGUACAGAGAGAUAGUUUGAUUACUCGGUUGCUCGAUUUUUCGUUUUUCUGUGUAUCGAGUGAGAAGAGGUACAAAAAAAGGUAACCUUUUUUCCUCAACACUCUUUUUAUGUUCAGUACAAGAAAAUAACAGGGAAAGAGCGAAGCACGGCAUAUUUCACUUACACAACACAGUGCUUCGAGUUUCACGUAGCUGGGGGUGUCCUUUUUAGUUUCUGCAAGCAAGAUAUUUUUGAAGUUUGAAGUUGGGAUCUUGAAGAUAAACUUGUUUCUUUGGGGGGUUUUAGAAAGGUGGGUUUUUGUUUGAAGAGAAGAAGGCUUUGUUGGAUCUGAUUUUGAGGUUAAUGGGUAGGGUUUUUCAUGCAAAAAACAAGAGGAACCCAUGUGUGAAGUGUCUGAUUCAUGCAAUAUGGUGGUGUCGAUUUUGAAGAAGAGAUAAGGUUUUGGACUGGUACCAACUUGAUUUGGGGUUCUUCAUUGGAGAUCUCUCUGUCAAUCUACCACAGCAAACAAACAAAGGAAAAGGUAGUUUCCAUUGCUAAGUAACGGUAACAGAGAAGAUCCCAUUCAUCUUGGUUCUUUUUCCUAUUUGCCAUCUCAGUUAUUAUUGCUUUGAUUCCCCUCCAAAAAAAAAGUUUGUUUCUUGUUUUGAAAUAUGGCUAAUCGUUGGUGGGCUGGAAAUGUGGCCAUGAGAGGUGUUGAUUCAAUAGGUUCAACUCCAUCUCUUCACCUUAGGAACCCAUCUGAAGAAGAACACCGGAUAGCUUUGAACCGCCUUGGACCCAGACGAGAACACCAAGAUUUUAGAGAUAAUAACGCUAGCCCCCCCAAUGCCAACACUAGCAGCCCUAACGCCGCCACUCCAAACCAAAACCAAGACGACAAUGAAGAUAGCCGAGACAAUAUGGAACCUGAUGACCAAACCACCGCUUUUGAAACCAUUGAACCUGGUUCAAGUUCAGCCACUCGCCGUCCUAGAGGUAGACCACCUGGUUCAAAGAACAAACCGAAGCCUCCCAUUGUUAUCACCAAGGAAAGCCCUAACUCUCUCCGUAGCCAUGUGUUGGAAAUCACUAGUGGCAGUGACAUUGCCGAGUGUAUAGCUAAUUUUGCUCAGCGCCGCCACCGGGGUGUGUCGGUUUUGAGCGGCAGUGGUAUUGUUACCAAUGUUACCCUCCGCCAACCAGCUGCCCCUGGUGGAGUGAUCACUUUACAUGGAAGAUUUGAGAUUUUAUCUUUAUCCGGUGCGUUUCUGCCCUCGCCUUCGCCUCCGGGGGCCACGGGCCUGACUGUGUAUUUAGCGGGCGGGCAAGGGCAGGUGGUGGGAGGGAGUGUGGUUGGGGCCCUGGUAGCUUCAGGGCCGGUGAUGGUUAUCGCGGCAACUUUUAUGAAUGCGGUUUAUGAGAGGUUGCCAAUAGAGGACGAAAAUGGUGGUGAGGAAGGAGGAGGAGGAGGAGGAGAAGGGAUUGGAAUGCAGCAGCAAGUUAACAAUAGCAAUAAUAAUGGUGGCGGCGGCGGUGGUAAUUCAGGGUCAUCUCAGUCUCAAGGUUUGGGUCAUGAUCAGCAAGGUGGUUCAAUUCCUUUGUAUAAUUUGCCUCCUAAUUUACUGCCUAAUGGACAAAUGCCUCCUGAUGUGUUUUGGGGUCCUCCGCCGCGUCCACCGCCCUCCUAUUAACAUGAAAGAGGAAUGGAUUGGAGAUAGAGCCGAAGGUGGAAACUGGAGAUGGUAUGGUGGUUUGACUAUGCUGACUGGUUUUUGUGCAAAAAAUGUAAUGACAAUUUUCAUGUAAGUGUAGGGGAGAAAGGUAGGACUACUUGUUCGUUAGUUUCUGAUCUCUGUGAAUUUAACCAAGUUCAUGGUUAGGCUUUAACUAUGUUUUAGAUCAUCUUUUGUGGAACUUUGUAUAAGUAUCUCUUGUUUCUAUUCCCUAAUCAACUCCUUUUUGGUGUAGCAAUGUAUCUUUGAUGAUGUAGGCAAAGAAAUGAAAUUCUUAUUGAGCAAA